AAUGUUGAGCGUCGCGCCGUCGGCCCGUUGGUCUGCGGUUCGUCGCUGAGAGCUAGCAACUCGCCAGCUCGUUGCUCUCUUCUGAUCGAAAAAUCGGAAAAUAGAGAAUGUGGUCCGUUCACAGGCAGGUGAUCGUCCUCUUCCUGCUCCUGGCACGAGUGCUUACGCCGGCGGGGAGCUGGCGGGCGACGGCGGUGGGUGUGAACUGGGGGACUUCCUCUUCGCAUCCUCUCCCGUCGGCGAUGGUUGUCUCUGGUCUCCUCCAGUCGAACAAUAUCACCAGCGUGAAGCUUUUUGACGCCGAUCCCUCCGUUCUUGAGAGCCUCUCCGGCUCUCGAAUCAAUGUGGUGGUCGGAAUUCCAAACAAUAUGCUCUCGGCUCUCAACUCCUCAAAGAAGGCGGCGGCGAGUUGGGUCCAUGAUAACAUCACACGUUACCUUCCUAAUGGCGGAGUCGAAGGCGGAGUUCGAAUCGAGUACAUUGCUGUUGGCGAUGAGCCAUUUCUUCUCAGCUAUGCGCAACAAUUCUAUCCCUUCAUAGUUGGUGCAGCAAUCAAUAUUCACCUUGCACUUGUGAAUGCCAAGUUAGCCGAUAAAGUGAAAAUCAUUGUUCCUUGCAGUUCUGAUGUAUAUCAAUCCAACUUCAGCCUCCCUUCUACAGCUCACUUCAGGGAUGAUCUAAAUACAACUAUGUUUCAGCUUCUCUCCUUUCUAAGCAUCCACCGCUCACCCUUUGUGAUCGAUAUCAACCCUUUUCUAAGCUUUCAACAGAACAAAAACCUUUCCAUUGACUACUUUCUCUUUCAAUCCAGUGCACAUCACUUAUCUGAUGGACACAAUAGGUACAAGAAUUUCCUUGAUUCAAGCAUUGAUGCUCUAGUUACAUCAUUAACCAAGGCUGGUUUUAGAGACAUGGAGAUCAUGAUUGGGAGGAUUGGAUGGCCUACUGAUGGAUCAGCGAAUGCGACAGCCGGUGUGGCUCAAUCCUUCAUGCAAGCUUUAGUUGAACACCUGAAGAACAAAGUUGGAACACCAUUACGGCCGAAGAGACCUGUAGUAGAGACAUAUAUCUUUAGUCUCUUAGAUGAAGACCAGCGUGACAUAACUACAGGAAACUAUGAAAGGCACUUAGGCAUCUUCACGUUCGACGGCCAAGCUAAGUAUAUUGUCGACUUGGGGCAAGGCUCAAAGAAACUAGCCAAUGCCCAGAAUGUGGAGUACCUUAGCUCGAGGUGGUGUGUGGUGAAUAACAAUAAGGACUUAUCCAAUGCUUCUGCCAGUGCCGUGAAUGCAUGUACUAAUGCUGACUGUACUGCCCUUUCUUCAGGGGGCUCUUGUUUUAAACUUGGAUGGCCUGCAAAUAUCUCUUAUGCCUUCAACAGCUAUUACCAACAACAUGAUCAGGGUGCAGAGAGUUGUGACUUUGAUGGUCUGGGUUUGCUCACGACAGUCGAUCCAUCAAUUGAUGAUUGUAUGUUCGCUAUUGCACUUCGCACAUCAUUCUCUACCUCUCUUCGUGGAUUACCGAUGCUUUUUUGGUGUACAAUUGUAAGUUCAUUCCUUCUCUUUGAUCUGGUAAAGGAGAAUUUUAUUUUGGAUGCAGUUUUCUAGGUAAUAUUUUGCUUUCAGGUUUUAUUUUAUGUUCUAUAUUAGAGUUUCUUGUGCUUAGUUACUCCAUUAGACGCUGGGUUUUGUCUCUUUUGAUUUGCAUCGUGGUACUUGGAAUGUUAUAUUGUCUACUUUUUUUUUUUUUU